AACCAACUCAAAACCUACAAUAAAUACACCAGCUAGUUCCUGCCAUGACAGCCCCACCCUCUCGGACACAGAGGACGAUGCGAUAAACGAGUAAAAAGGGAGAAAAAGGGAGGAAAGAGAGCGAGGGAGAUUGAGAGAGGUUCUCGUCAUGGCUUCUCCCGCGGCGCCUUCACUAGAGACUCUUAUUCAGAAGUCCACCAACCCCCUAAACUGUGAGGAUGACCCAAAUUCGAUUCAGGCUGUGUGCCAGGCAGUGUCGUCCGAGGCGGGGGGGGUGCAGACGGCCGUGCGACUCAUUGCCCACAAGAUCCAGUCGCCCCAAGAGCGCGAAUCACUUCAGGCUCUUGCGGUUCUGCAAGCUUGUGUCAACAACUGUGGACCAAGUUUUCAUGCAGAGAUCGGCAAGUUCCGCUUCCUGAACGAGAUGAUUAAGCUCGUUUCCCCAAAAUACCUGGGUAAUCACACGCAUGCUUCUGUCAAGGCGAAGGUAGUAGAGCUCCUGUUCACCUGGACCAUUGACCUCAAGUCUGAGCCCAAGAUCCUCGAGGCGUAUAACAUGCUGAAGAAGCAAGGUGUCGUUAAGGAGGACCCCCCGUACAUGGGUGCCCCAACAGCCCCCGAACCUCGCCCACGCACAAAUGCCGUCUUCGAGGACGAGGAGAAGUCCCGGCUCCUGCACCGCCUGCUGCAGAGUAAGAACCCGGAGGACUUGCAUAAGGCCAACGCACUCAUCAAGUCCAUGGUGAAGGAGGACGAGAGGAGGAUGGAGAGGACGAGCAGGAGGGUGGUCGAGGUGGAAACCGCCCUGAACAAUGUACGGGUGCUGGACGAGAUGCUAUCACGGCACCAGGAAAGCCCAGCCACACAGGCCGACCUUGACCUUAUGCAAGAACUCCACUCGUCAUGCUCAACACUCAGGUCCAACAUCUACCGGCUGGUUUCCGAGAUGGACGACAAGGAGGAGGGGAUCGGCGAUCUUCUGAAAGCAAACGAUGAGCUGUCACGGGUGAUGGGCAGAUAUAAGUUGGUAGUCGAAGGCACGAAGAUGGAAACCGCAGCCCCCCCUAUGCCUGGUGGCAAAAAGUCAAAGGACGCGCAGAACCUGAAGGAUGGGGAGAUCUUGCUUGACCUGUCAACCCCCGAGGACGGCCCAUCCUGUCAGGGUACUGCUGACAUCCUCAACAAAGACCUGAAGGACCUAGGUGAGCAAGGAGUAUCUCUUUGCUCUGGAGGGAGGCAGGGAUAG